AUUAAAACCGAAAGUCAAAGUACUGGUAUUCCCCUUCAUUCUGGUGUUAAUGAUCUUGCAUUGAAGAAGGUUUCUGUUUGCAUUUCAUUUAUUUUUGUCGUUCCCCACAUGUUCCAUUACCAUUUGAACAUUCAGAUAACUCUUGCUGCCCAUCAGUUCAUCUAGGAGAAUAAGAGCCAUGGACAUUAUAAAGUGUCCUGGUUGUCAUCAUUCAAGCAAGAGAACGCUGAACGGUCAACGUGUUGUCUGCAAGACAUGUUCUAAAUCGAAGAAGUGCGUGUUUCAGUUCUGCUACGUGUGUCAGAGAGAGUGGCCUCGCGACGCUAUGAGCACCGACGAGUGUGUACUGCCAAACUGUGCGCUCCGGGCCGCCCUUCUCAGCGCCAAACAGAUCGACAACCCUGAGAGCUCAGUAAGAGGUUGCCCGUACUUCAGGGCCUGUCCAAGAUGCAAGGCUCUACUUACUCAUGACAGUGAUGGGUGUCCUUAUAUUGUUUGUUCCAACUGCAAUGAAGAGUUUUGCUUCCGCUGCAUGGCCCCGGAAUGUGAUUAUGAUGAGUGUUAUGACAGUGACUUUGAUGACAAUGAAUUUGAGGUGAUGAAGCCCUGUGUGAUUAAGAAUAACAGUGAGCUUCUUCAACAAUUAGGACUGUAGUGGAGGUGUGUGGGAUUAAAGCUGUCAAACCUUGAAUUGAGUCACUUAAAAAUUGAACUGAAGGACAAAUAAUAAUUUGAAUAAGCAAAAUAUAUAUAUAUUCAAUAAACCAAUGUACACAAAAAAAAGAAAA